ACGGGAUAUAUGUCUAUUUGUCGAUUUUUGUUUCGUGUGUUUGUGAAACUUUUGUAUAAUUGAAAAAUUUAAAGAGUCAUGACACGUUCUCAACCGUCUUGGCAGCCUCCUGAGGGAUCUGAUAAGACAAGACUGAAACUUUAUAACAGUUUGACACGACAAAAGGAAAUAUUUGUUCCGCAAUUCGGGAAUAAAGUGUUAUGGUAUAGUUGUGGACCAACUGUAUAUGAUGCAGCUCAUAUGGGCCAUGCAAGGUCUUACAUUUCCUUUGACAUUCUUCGGCGAGUAUUGGCAGAUUAUUUUUCAUAUGAUGUUUUUUAUGUAAUGAACAUCACUGAUAUUGAUGAUAAGAUCAUAAAAAGAGCUAGGCAGAACUAUUUAUUUGACCAGUAUGCUAAAACAAGUAAUGAUGUAACUAAAGUUAUUGCUGAUGUGUAUGAAGCAGUAAAAUGUUUUAAAGCAUUACUUGCUUCAACAGAUGAUAAUGACAAGAGAACAAUGUUAUUAAAAAUGAUAGAAAGCACAGAAAAUGCUUUAAAAAAUGCAGAAAAUACUCAGCUGACUGAAAAUGUGCAUCAAGAGGCUUUGAAACAUCUUCUUAGCAGUAGCAGAGAUAUUUUAAGUGACUGGCUUGAUGAGAAGGAAGGAAAGAAUGUCUGUGAUAACUCUAUUUUUUCAUCUCUACCUGCAAAAUGGGAAGAAGCUUUCUAUGAAGAUAUGGAUGCAUUAAAUGUAUGG